AUGUUCAUUGCUGCGCGAGGCAUCAUCGGUUUUGGACUCGGCUUCAACAUCACUGCUGCGCCCAUUCUCAUCAUGGAGCUCGCGUUUCCAACACAAAAAGCACCGAUGGUCAGCAUCUACAACUCGCUGUGGAGUCUGGGUGCUAUUGUAGCUGCCUGGACCACGUACGGUACUUUCCGCAUCAUGAGCAAUUGGGCGUGGAGAAUCCCUUCCAUUCUUCAAGCACUGUCCAGCGUUAUCCAGAUCAUUUGUUUCUGGUGGAUUGUCGAAUCGCCACGAUGGCUCGUCAGCAAAGACCGAUGCGACGAGGCGCAAGCAAUAAUCACGAGGUACCAUGCCAACAGCAACCCACACGAUCCAAUCGUGCUUGUCGAACUGGAAGAGAUCAAGGAAGCACUGCGCCUCGAAAAAGAGUCCAGCAAGACAAGCUCGUAUGUAGCUUUCUUCAAUGCACGAGGCAACAUGCUUCGAUUCUUCAUCAUUCUCGCUGUCGGCUUCUUUUCGCAAUGGUCCGGCAAUGGUCUGAUCUCGUACUACCUCACGCUCAUUCUGGACUCCAUCGGUAUCACUUCCCAAGAAACACAAACACUCGUCAACGGCAUCCUUACCAUCUGGAACCUCGUAACCUCGAUCGGCUUCUCGCUCCUCGUCAACAGGUUCAGACGUCGCACCAUGUUCCUCACCUCGACCGCCUGCAUGCUUGUGUGCUUCAUCGUGUGGACUGCGUUGCAGUCCACAUUUGAGAAGCAAGUCGAUAAGUCCGGGUCCGGGUCACCUGCUGUCGGCCGAGCAAUUCUGGCUUUGAUCUUCUUGUACAAUGCAUGUUUCAACAUCGCCUGGGCGCCGUUGCAAGUCACCUACGUCGUUGAGAUUUUGCCGUAUACAAUGCGUGCGAGGGGUCUUGUGCUUUACAACCUCUUCGUCUCGUUGGCGCUGAUUUUCAACCAAUAUGCCAAUCCCAUCGCUCUGGAGGCCAUCAAGUGGAAAUACUACAUUGUGUACGAUGUAUGGCUGCUUGUCGAGCUCGUCAUCGUUUACUUUCUCUUCGUUGAAACAUCUGGCUCGUCACUGGAAGAAAUGGCUGCUAUCAUUGAUGGAGAAGAGGUGCGCGAUACCAUCAUCGAGGCUGUCGCCAGAGUCACGGACGGCAAGGCAACGCAUCAGCGUGAAGAUGUGAUGGACGAUAAGAAGCCGCACGUGAUUAUCGCAUGA